UCAUUUCAUCGCGAUCGCUGAUUGGCCAAUCGGCGUGAGAAAGCUAUGCGAUUCUACAACUAGAGCUUCAAAACAUACAGAAUAUAACGACAAAAUGGCCCAAUUUCAUCCAUAACAAAAGGAAGAAGUUUGUUAUUUCCUGGUGCAUCAUCUCCAUAUAGAAGUCCCUUGAAAGAGUAUCAAGAUGAUGCUUUCAGGCCCAAUUCCGACCGAUCCAGGCUACUCCCGGUCAGGUGGGCAUGAGCGUCGGUCAAGUUGGUCAGCCGAGUCCAGUCGACCCGCCCCAAGAGUGAGGCCAGAGGCCAAUGAAAUUGCUACCAAGGCCCAAGGCAGUGUCGGCAAUCUACUUGUUACAGGGGAGAACGUCUACAGACCACCAACGAGGCAGAAACCCCAGCCCAAGGACUUCAGCAAAGACAAUGUCAGGCGAAUGAGACAGAUACAGUCAAAGAGCAGGAAUAAACAGAGGGAGGAGGUCGUUGAAAAGAAUAAACCUAUGAAAGUGCUACCGCAGUCUGAGAAAUACAAGGUUGUUGCUUCGAAGGUCACAGAAAACCUCAAGAAAUCCCCACCUCCUCCCAGGCCGGCCUCAGCAAACUACUUAAGAUCCCACAGUCGAACAGGAGCAGUCUCAAGAGGGCGCUCUCCAAGCCCCGCACCCCGCCCUAGUAGCGCUUCAUCAGAGGUCAGUCUUCAUGUAGACGGAAGCGCAACCAACUUCAUCGCACACAACGCCAAGCUGGCCAAGAAGGUCAAACCCCAGAGACCCCCUUCGGCGCAAGCCCUGGAGUCGCUACAAAAGAAAAAGGAGGGAGAUAUGGAGAGAUACAAGAGAGGCCACACACCAAAGUACUUACAAAGCAGACAGAACCAGUGGCAGAGAGAGUCAGAGGAGAGGAUAAGAAACAUGCCUGAUCCUGACAUGCCUCCUGGUCAUAGAAAAAUGGCAGAGGAAGAGAGACUUAAGACAUUGGAGAUUCUCAAAGAGAAGGAGAAAGACCUCCAGAACACUCUGCGGAAGUUUCCUCUGUCGGUUGAAACCCUGCGAGCGAAGAACCAGAAAGCGGAGAUCGAGAACCGGUUGUCAGAGGUGGAAGAAGCCAUCAAGAUCUUCACCAGGCGGAAAGUCUUUGUUAAAGUGGACAGCUAGAAAGAACUAGACACAGACAUUUAAUGCUGUAUACUGUGAAA